AUGAGGGAUUUCCCUUCUUGUUUCGGUGAAAAUGGAGUUCAAGUUGCAGAUGCUUCUUGUUCAAGUAUACCCACUAACAGAACCCCUCAAAAUUCCGUCUCUUGCACAUAUAAGUGCAAAAUCCUAAGCAAACCUUGUUUCAUAACUAUCAUCUGGGGCAAAAAUUUGAUGGGCCAAUGCCUCAGUAUAGAAAUAGACGAUGCAUCUCACAAGUGCUUGUGCAAAUUCGAUGUGAAGCCAUCUCUCUUCUCAAAGAGGAAAGGUUCCAAGUCUUUAGAUGUCAAUUCAAGUAAAAUCGAAGUCUUUUGGGACCUCAGCCUGGCCAAAUUCGGGCCCGGGCCCGGGCCGGAGCCUAUAGAAGGCUAUUACAUCUCAAUACUCUUUAACAAAGAAAUGGUUCUCUUAGUUGGGGAUCUGAAAAAAGAGGCAUUCAAGAAAACCGGCGCCAUAGCUCCAUUUUCGAGCGCUACGUUUAUUUCCAAAAAACAGAACGUUUUUGGAAAAAAGAUUUUCUGCACAAAGGCCCAAUUUUGCAACAAUGGGCCGACUCACGAGGUUAGGAUCGAAUGCGACCCGAAUUGUGAGGAAGAACCGAGUCUCACGAUUCGUAUAGACUCGAAGCCCGUUAUGCAGAUUAAGCGUUUGAAUUGGAAGUUCAGAGGGAAUUGCACAAUUUUGGUAGAUGGUUUGCCGGUGGAGGUUUUUUGGGAUGUUCACAAUUGGCUUUUCGGGCCAAAUUUGGGGGGUGCGGUUUUUUUGUUUCAGUCGAGCCUUUCGGCUGAGAAGAUGUGGGCAGAAGGGCAAUCGGUUAAUGAGUCGCCCGUUGUUAAGUGGAGUUAUUUGGGGAGUUUUAGGGAAGGAGCUGAUUUGCCAGGUCUUGCUUUCUCUUUUUUCUUGUAUGCUUGGAGGAAUGAGUAG